CCCACCCGCUUGAUUAACAUUCGAAAAUUUCCACACGUAUUCCUUGAGCAUUUCCCAGAUUCAAGUUCGUUCUCUGGAGAAUAUGUAUACCUAUCUUUCAACUGGGGCAAAGUACAACCACAACGCACAAUGAUAUCCACACUGGAAGACCAUCUUGAAGAUCUUGGAUUUGACCAACUUCCCCAGACUUUCAAAGAUGGUAUCGAGCUUGCCUCCUUUCUAGCAAUAUCAUAUAUUUGGAUUGAUGCUCUUUGCGUUAUUCAAGAUUCUGCAGAAGACUGGCAAAGAGAGGCUGGGAGAAUGGGUAACUACAUUCGAAAUGCCGCUUGCGUCGUUUCUGCUCUAGCGUCA